AAAUAACACGGCCGUUGUAUGUUGACUGCGUUUGCAAUUAUCAAUUUUAUUUUGAGUAUUUACUCUAAAUUUUCUGUGUUUCUUUAUAUUUUGAUGAUAUCAUGUUCGACUAUUAAUCGUUGGUAACAACGAAGUUCCGUCUGCCAUCCGAAAUAGUGAGAUAACACCAUGUUUUACGAAGAAGAGGAGAGAUUUCUCAAUCCGGAUAUACUUCACGUUGUUCGUCGAGAACUGUAUGCCAUCAAUUCAAACUAUGAUGUCACACCUUAUGGCUUAAAGUAUGUUCCUACACAUACUGAAGAUGGAAUACCUAUACGGAAGCUAUAUGUCUCAAAUUUACCCCCAAAGAAUACGGCAACCCUGAUCGGGUGUGAACAGAAUGUGGCAGGGGGAGGUUGGUAUUGUCGAACGCACCAAUCACGCGCUCGGAUCUGCGCCACCUUGUACCUGAGCCUCUUCAUACCCGCGUCAGUUUAUACUCGCGUCAUUUCGACAACCAGAUCGGAGUUAUUUGGUGUGUUUGCUCCUUACGGUUUCAUCAAAAGCUGCUGGUUAAGGAUGGGAGAUAAAGGUCCCAAUAAAACACCAACACCUACAUACGCAUUUGUUACCUACAGCAAUCCAGCUGAUGCACACAAAGCGCUGCAAGCCCCAGGUCAUGAGAAGACACUGAGAGGUCGUAACCUGAGAAUAUCGCCGGCAGACAGUUGGCACCAGCCUGCUGAGGAUGCUGAUGGCAGAGGGCGCUGGAAGCCCCGCGGCCAGCGACGGUCUGAGGCACAUGCUACUACUACCGAAAACUCUGUUCAACCACCAGAAGUCAGUAACUCGGAAUGGGUAGCAGACAAUGGGGAUGCAGCGGAAGCAACAACUAGUGCUACAGAUGCACCAUUGGAGAUCCCUGAAUCAAAAGAAGAUGCGAAAGAGAGUGAAACAACGCCUGAAUACACAAUACUGGAUGUUUUGAACAGGGAUUGUUUAGCACACAUCAUGUCUUAUGUUCCCAUCAGAGACCUGAUACGAUCUGAACGAGUCAGUAAAACUUGGCAAAAUAUGGUCCGCGAGUACCUUGCAGGCAUCCGCAUGUUCAAGACGUCGUGGUGGCAGCACGUGCCGGUGAUGCUGACGACGGCCGUGCUGCGCCGCAUCGUGCAGCGGCUGGGCGGCGGCCUGGCGCGCCUGCACAUCGACCACCACUGGUCCGCGCUCAACGACCGCACCGCGCACAUCGUCGGCAAGUUCUGCCCCAACCUCGAGGAGCUCAAGAUUGUUGGAAUGCACACGCGAAAUUGGAAUCCAUUAAUCUACGGUUGUAAACAAUUAAAAACUUUAUCCUUUGUGUCAUGCAAUAAGCUAACAGAUUCCAGUUUAGUACAUCUAGUCAAAAGCGAAUCAUGCAUAGAAAGCUUAACAGUCACGAAUAACACACAUGUGACAGGAUUAUUCCUUACUGGUUCAAAUCCACAAAAACUAAACUCACUCGCAUUUUACAACUGCUACAGUCUUCAAGGCACUGUACUUUGUGCUGCGAUAGACACAUUGCCAAAUUUAACCUGCCUCAAGUUGGAUGUCUGUCCGCACACAAUGUGGAAGAUAAUACCAAUGAUCCUCAACAAACUUCCAUUACUAGAAGAACUUUCGUUGAGCGAGUAUGUAUCAGUAGAUUCAUGUUUCUCUCCACUAUGCAACGACUCUUUCUGUGAUGCCAUCGGUAACCUAACUGAAUUGAAGAGCCUGAACCUGAGCCGCAACAUAUACAUCACCAAUACUGUACUGAAACGAGUCGCUCAGUGCUGUCCCAAACUAGAAACACUCAACAUCUCCAGCUGUAAUUCUCGCAAGAUCUUCCCUCAUCCAGGAGUGGGCGACGAGGGAGUGUCGGCGGUGUGUCGCGGGUGUCGCGGUCUGUCCCGACUGGACGUGUCGUACCUGGGCGCGCUGACGGACGCGGGCGUCCGCGCGGCGGCGGCACUGCCUCGACUGACUCGCCUGACGGCGCGCGGUAACCCGGCGCUCUCCUCAGCCUCACUCGCCGCCUGCCUCGCCGCGUGCCCCAUGUUGCAGGAGGUGGACGUGAGCGGCUGCGACGGGGUGUCGGAGGAGGUGGUGUCGGGCGCGGUGCUGGCGCUGCUGCAGCGCCCGCGCCCGCUGACCCUGCGCCUCGCCGGCACCGCCGCCUCGCCCAUUGAGCUGCAGCAAGACUACCCGACGCACAAACUAUUAACAGUAGACGUAGUGGAUGACCGCAGUAACCCACUCCUCCGGCCUGAUUUUGUCGACACAAUGUUCGAACACAGCUCGGAUGAUUCACUUGGAGAUCUAUACGAAAAUGACGACUUCGACGACUUUUUUGGACCAGAUGAGGAUCUGUUCCUGGACGAGGACUUGGAUGACUUCGAUGGAAUGUACCACUAUGAGCUGCACGCGCCCGACCUAAUUCUGCUCUAGGAGCCGCUGCGUCGCCGGUCUACGUCGCUGUUCUUACGCCAUAUUGCAAUCCUACCAGCCGAAACAUUGCAAUCUCCAGGACUUGCAAUGCAAUCCAACACGAUUAUGUUACAACAUACGUUUAUCGAGGAAAAAUGUUUUAGAAUUAGUUGUUUUGUUCAAGUGAUUUGUUUAUAUUUCUUGUAAAAAGUAAAUCAAGGUUUUAUUUAAGGCCGAUUUUAUUUUUCAUUUCUAAUUUUGCAUGUUUGUAUGGACUUUAAUGUUAUUCAUUACGUGAUUGGGAGCAUCAUUUUAUUUGAAGCACUAAUAUUUAGCUUGUUUUAAAAUAUGGUUGUAAUUUGAAGAGGUGAAAAAAAUCAUUUACUUGUUUUCUGUAUAACUUGGCCCAAAUGUAGUCCACUCUGCUUGAGGAACUAAUUAACGUUUCGAAUUCAUAGCAAAUAGUAAUUAGAUAGUAUGACUGCUUGUGCUAAGCUCAUUGGGAAGGUAUAAAUUUAAAAUAUUCAACAGCUUUUCGACAUCAAAUGACAUUUCCCAUGGAUCGGCUGGCUGGCAAAAUAAUUAUUUCAUUGAACUUUAUAAUGGCUUAGUUAAACAAAAUUCUUGAAAUAUGAAAGUAUUAUCUUAGCUUUAUCUUGGUCUGAAGAAGUUAUUAGGUUAUUUUAUUAACAUGAGUCUGAAUUUAAAUGUUUAAUGACAUUAUCAAAAUCUAUUAGGUUGCUGCCAUUUCUUUACAAUAAGCCUAGUCUUGCAUCGCAUAAUGAUUUAAAUAAUUUUGUGCCUUUAAAGCAAUAUUGUAUUGAUUAACGAAUGUAUAACCUUGUUCGUAUUAUCAUAUAAUUUUAUAUAGCAUCUUUGUAUUGAAAUAGCCAGUAACGUAACUAAUGUAUGGCAUAAUGUAGAAAAAUAUAGUUAUGAUGGUAAUCACCCCUUGAAAUUAUGAAUGAUAUUUAUAUUUAUCACUAUAGGAGUGCUAUAAAAUCGCAGUUGUUCAAUAUAACAUACUGUACUCAUGUUUAGGCGGUUGUAACUGAAAUCUAUGAUUGUAAGACUUUGUUAUAAUUAUCUGUGAUGAAACAUUAUUUUCGCAACACGGAAGUCCCACACCUCAUCUAGUUGUAGCAGUUAUUGUUUAUUUAUAUAUAAACCUUUUGAUGUAUUGUAUUA